AUGGAUAUUCAUCAAGUAACAUUGAACAAUGAGCAUAUGAAAACAAUAUUUUCGAUACCAUUGAUCAUUUCAUACAGAAAAAAUAACAAUUUUACACAAAUUACAGUAUUUUCGUACUACAUUCCUGUAGGAUCAGAUAUGGCUUGGCCUUCAGUUCUUAUUCCAUUUGGUUAUAUUCCUGCAAGUCUAUUAUUUCUGACAGCUGGUGCAACUUUAGCUACUGGAUUAACAAAUUCAGAACUUUGGCAAGCAACCAGUGUUGUAUGCUGUAUACUUCCAUUGAUAACCACCAUUGCUAUAGCGUGCACUACAUUACAACAAUAUAUGGAUACUUUUCCAAAAAAUUCAAGUAUUUUGAUUAUGGGAGUGAUUAGUUGUUUGACUUCACUUUUAUGUUUUAUUCAUGCUAUUCUAAUAUGUGUCAGCCAACAUUUUUUUCAUUUACCAUAA